AUGUAUAUACCAUUCUACGGCAUCCGUGGGCAACUGGCAUUUGAUCGCCGUUUUCUACCCAAACUCGAACUGCUAUUCCUAGCCGUUUGGGUUUUCGGCGGGGAAGUCCGGUCGUCAAUUUUGGUCACAGCAGACGGUUUUCGUGGGCAGACGUUCGUCGACGUGGUUCAUGGUCGAGCAAGGCACGACUUCGCCAUUCAUCGACCGUAUACUCAUCCUCACACUCUCUACCAACACGGCAAGCUUCAUUGGUGUGCAAAUACCGAGUUCAAAGAUCAUUCUCUAUUGGCUACUCAGCUCAGCGCACAUUCGGAGAUAGCACACGCAUUGGUCGAAGUUGCAGUACCCAACAGGAAAGGGAUAGUAGACCUCAACGCGAUAUCGCCGCACCGAGACGGCAUAUCGAAACCGUCCACCGACUCUAUCCUCGAACAAGAACCAGGGCCGUCACAAGGUAUCAUCCACCAACCGUUGCCUGUUAUUGACUUACCUGAGGCCGACUCACGUGAAAACACACCGCUAGUUGGUGCAACUAGGGCACUGUCGGCUUCGCUCGAUGUUAGUCAAUAUUGUCAUACCAACAAUUCCAUAGCUCGCCGCAAGACCCGUCGUGGUUGGCAACGAUAUCUGCAACACGAUAAUGGAUCUACAAUGGACUUCUUCGCUCUUGAUUACGAGAUGUUCGACGCCGAAUGGAAAUCUACAUCGUGUCGACCGUUGGAAGCUCACGAACAGACGUUCCGGACAUUCCGACUCAUUGGUCAAGGUCGAUGGGAAGAAAUAGACGAUCCCGAAGCCAGAUAUCUGUCGACAUUAAUGAGAGGAUGUCAAUCACCGUCAGACGAUUCUGAUCAUGAGAUGGACGACGUUCAACUUAUGAAGGUUACUAUUCAACGAGCCGGUGCCUCCUCAGACCGCACGAUCGUCAAGAAUAUCGAAGAGUCAAGGAAGCAUUUGGAUGCGCUUUGCCUGGUUGUUCGAGACGGUUCUCGGCCAUUCACAAUGCAAGAAGACAUUACAAAUCUCACCCCGGCAGGCGAAACGUUCGACACCCGGUUAUCGACGGAACUACGAGAGAGAUUACACAAAAUCUGGGAAGCAGCAGUCGGUAUUGGUCAAUAUGAAGACGAAGAACAACGUACGACAUGA